CCAUUUCCCACUCCCCACUAAAAACCUUUCUUCUCAAAAACCCACCUCUCUCUCUCUCUUUAAUUUCAAUGGCCGCCGCCGCACCUCCACCGCCCCCAACCCCCGCCCCGGAGACUCCGAUCGACCUCCCGAGAGGCUCCACCACCCCAAUGGGCCACCCACUCUUCGCCCGCGUCCGCCUGGCCCAGCCCACCGACGUCCCCCACAUCUACAAGCUCAUCCACCAGAUGGCCGUCUUCGAGCGCCUCUCCGACCACUGCUCCGCCACCGAAGCCUCCCUCGCCUCCACUCUCUUCAACUCCCCUCCUUUCCAGUCCUUCACCGUCUUCGUCCUCGAAGCCUCCCCCACCCCUUUCCCCAACGACGCCCACUACUCCAAUCCCCACUACCAACCUGUUGUCAAAACCCUCAAUCUCGACCUCCCUGUUGAAGACCCCGAGAGGCUCGUGUUCUGGUCCGGCGUUGGCGACGCUGUGGUUGCCGGGUUCGUGUUGUUUUUUCCGAAUUACUCGACGUUUCUCGGCAAGCCCGGGUUUUAUGUGGAGGAUUUGUUUGUGAGGGAGUGCUACAGGAGGAAGGGGAUGGGGAAGAUGCUGCUUUCGGCUGUGGCGAAGCAGGCGGUGAAGAUGGGGUAUGGGAGAGUGGAGUGGGUUGUGCUGGAUUGGAAUGUGAAUGCGAUUAAUUUUUAUGAGGAAAUGGGGGCUAAGAUUAUGCAGGAGUGGAGGAUUUGCAGGCUUACUGGGGAUGCUCUUCAGGCGUAUCAGGAUGCUUAGGUAAUGAUUUCCUUGUGAAUGAACUCAGAAUGCUAGGGUUGAUGUUUGUUGGUAUGUUUUUUAUGGUGUUGUGUUUGAGGUGAUUUAUGACUGUGGGUGACAUUUUGAUCUAAUGGGUGUUAAUUUCUGGGAUUUGGAUGCUGAUUUAUGCUUGUAUCCGGUUAUUGAUAUCUGAGAACAUAUCGGUUUUAAUGACAUUCGGCUAAUUUCGAUU